AUAAAAAGGCGUACCAUCUUUGCUUUUUCUUUUCAUUUCCUCGCGCACUUUCCACGCAUUAAUACACCAAAAGAAAGGAAAAUCUGCAUACACAAUCUCACACAUCUCUCUCUACGAGCUCUAGUUUCUGUUUUGUUAAAUAUCAAAACUCAUUUCUUGAUCUUCCAAGAGCUCCUCAGUUCAAAAUGUCUCACUGGAAAUAAACCUUUUCUGUUUGCUGUUUUGUUGAAUUAUUGAAUACGCAUGCAAUCUUAUUUUGGUAUAACAUGUGAUGAGAUCUCACAGCACUAUUUUACUUGUUCUCUUCUUCUUCCUUUCUCUAGUCCUCCAAAGCCAUCAAAGAACCAUUGAUCAAUCUCACUCCAAUGAUCAACACGUCAAUGAUGUGGCGGUGACUUCGCCAGAAGGGACAAGAAGAGAGAAGUUCAGAGUUCGGCGGCCGAUGACCGUAUGGCGGAAGGGGAAGAGGCUCAAUAACAAUGAACAUGGAGUCCCAAGUGGUCCAAAUCCCAUCUCAAAUAGGUAGUAAUGUGUAAUAUGUUUAUUACAGAGCUUGUUGUAUGAAUAUUUGGCCUAGUAUUCUAGUGUAUCUCUUUGCUUAUGAGGUCGCACGUACAAAAGUCAUCGAAUGUUACCUGACUUUAAUUCAAAGUUUGAAACUUCCAA